AUGGCAGUAGUAUUCCCAUCAGUCAGGAACGGAAUCAAGAGAGCCCUUCACAUCAUAGUGGGAAGUGAAUAAGCAGAACAAAUUAAUAGAUAGAAUGAAAAUUAAAGAGAAGAAGAUGAGAGAGCUCAUGCAGAGAGAUUUUAAAAUGCAAGAGAUUAAAAAGAGUAUAAAUUCCAAAUCUUAACAUCUAUACUUUUAGUUGCCCUAUUUGUAUUGAUGAACUAAAAGAGAAUCAAGUAGCAUCAAUCUGGUUGUAUUGUAUCAUAUUGGAAAGCAAAACGAGAAAAUAAGAUCUAAUGCCCUUACUGCAGAAGAGACAUAUCAUUAUUGUUGAUGAAAGACCCUACUAAGGUAGAGAUAGAUGAUAGAAGAGACAUCCAAAGAUUCAACACAUUAUUUUCUGCUGAUAGAACUUUCCUUGAUAGAAUAAGAGAUUUCCCAUUUUUAAUAGCUAGAUUUAGAGAUGAAUUAGUGAACACACGUGGUGGAGUGCUCUUCCAAAGUUCUUGGUUCUUAAUUUACAUUGCUAUUAUGGUGAUUUACUUGAUUUCUCCAUUUGAUUUGAUUCCUGAAUUUUUGUUUGGCAUAUUUGGAAUGAUUGAUGACAUUCUUGUGAUGAUAUAUAUUCUUGGGUCUAUCUCAACCGUAUUUUAUCAGGUGUUAGUCAAUAGAAAUAGACAAGAAGUGAGAGCAAGAUGA